AUAAAAGAAUUAAGCAGCCAUUGGAAUUCUAAUUUCUAAUGAUGCAUUUAUAGUCUUGUAGUAUUUUAAAGCAGUUAAUUGAGAUUGCAUUUGCAACUGCAGAGCUAGCAGCCAUGGCUUCCGCUCAUUUCCUUUGCAACAACCACGUCUUCCAUUAUUCCUCCAAUUCAUUCUCCAAAAGCAAUCUACCUUCGUUUAGGCCUAGUAGGUCUGUCUCUUUUUAUCAAAAGCAAAGGACUUCAUUUGUCAAAGCCUCCAAGAAACAGCUAGAGAUAGUGUAUGAUCCUGAAGAAAGGUUAAACAAGUGGGCAGAUGAAGUAGACAAGAAUGCUUCUCUUUCAAGGCUCACUUUGUUCUCGCCUUGCAAGAUUAAUAUUUUCCUUAGAAUAACCGAUAAGAGAGAAGAUGGAUAUCAUGAUUUGGCAUCUCUCUUUCAUGUAAUCAAUCUAGGAGAUACGAUUAAGUUCUCUUUAUCUCCUUCGAAAUCGAAGGACCGUUUAUCAACCAAUGUGUCUGGCGUACCCCUUGAUGAAAGGAAUUUGAUUAUUAAAGCCCUUAACCUAUACAGGAAGAAAACAGGCACUGACAACUUCUUCUGGAUUCAUCUAGACAAGAAGGUGCCUACCGGGGCAGGGCUUGGUGGUGGAAGCAGUAAUGCAGCAACUGCCCUAUGGGCAGCAAAUCAGUUCAGUGGCGGUCUUGCCACUGAGAAGGAACUGCUAGAAUGGUCAAGUGAGAUUGGUUCAGAUAUCUCCUUCUUUUUUUCUCGUGGAGCAGCCUAUUGUACUGGUCGGGGUGAAAUUGUUCAAGAUAUUCCUACACCAGUUCCUCUCAACCUUCCAAUGGUUCUCAUAAAGCCCCAGGAGGCUUGUUCAACUGCUGAAGUUUACAAGCGCUUUCGAUUGGAUAAAACCAGUCAGAUUGAUCCUUUAACAUUAUUGGAGAAGAUCUCAAGGAAUGGAAUAUCUCAAGAUGUUUGUAUCAAUGAUUUGGAACCUCCUGCAUUUGAAGUUCUCCCAUCCCUUAAAAGAUUAAAACAGCGUAUAAUUGCAGCCAGCCGUGGACAAUACGAUGCAGUUUUUAUGUCUGGGAGCGGAAGUACCAUUGUUGGGAUUGGUUCACCAGAUCCUCCACAAUUUAUAUACGAUGAUGAUGACUACAAGGAUGUUUUCGUGUCAGAGGCAAACUUCUUGACCCGUGAAGCAAAUCAGUGGUACAAAGAACCUGCUUCAACUGCUACCUGUAGUUCCCAGUCUGAUCGUUCCCAGUCUAUUGAGUGACAUAUCUUGUAAGAAAAACGACAUACAUGAAUUUUUUUUAGGAUUUCUCAUUAAUGUUAAUUUAUGCCGCCUGUAGUUUUGUCCAUCUUAGGAAUAGGUUUUUAAGUUAAAUUUAUUGUCAUGAACAAAUAAGAGCAAUUGCUCAACUCAAAUCUUGUACUAGUUGCAGUUUCACUGGCAAAUUGUUCACUUUGCAAGGUACAUAACCUUUUGAAA